GUGACAAGAGGCUUCUGAUGGACUUGACUCUUGAGGUGAUGUGCGAUCUGAUACAAACCCUCUUCUACAGUACAAUCCUUGAGUUUAUUUUUCCAUUCAGUCGCCCCUGUUUGAUGCUCAUCGUGCUACCCACACCCACCAAAAACCUGAAGAGUGAAGACCACACCCUAAAAUGAGACCUUUUGGGGGAAGCACCUCCACACCAUGGGCCCAAAAACACGGCCUUAGAGGAUGGAACACAAACCUCACUGCGGCACAUGUGGGGAAUAUAUGAAACUAUUUAGGACCAAAUAUGGCCGUUGGUUCUAUUGGUGUCCACUUGGCAAGUACCAUGGUAGGUGUUGUAUUUGGGUUGAUGAAUAUUACCUGGGAAAUGUUUCGCAGGACCAUCAUAGGAGUUUGUAUUUGGGCUGAUGGGGUUGAUCAAUAUGACUCGGAAGAAGUUUUGCAGGACAAUCAUAGGAGUUGUAUUUGUGCUGAAGAAGGGGUUGAUGAAUAUAAUAAACCAGAGGAGCUCCGGCAAAGAGCACAAAUUGGAUGGCAAGUGAAGGUGACGGCGACGGAUAUUAUUUGUGGCAUUGUCAUGGGGCAGUUGCUGUUUGUUAUACUGAUGUUGUUAUUAUUGUUGGUUAGUAGUUCUCAUGAAUGUUUGGAGUUCGUUUUCAUGUGACUGAUGAACUGUGCUGGCAGAAACUGUUAACA